AUGAGAUGGCUGUCCGCUGCCGUCAUUUGCCUCCUAAAUUAUGAACUCGGUGACCACGGAGCCGACUUGCGAUUUACGGGCAGACUGCUAACGGCGGCUUGUGCUUUCGCAGUGCUUACAGGCGGGCGAGGUUUUUGCAAACACCUCCGUGACAAGCUCACACCGGCAGUCCUCCAGCAACUACCAUCCUGGUGCACGGAACUCUUAAGCAGCCACGAUGAUGAAAAAGUCUGGUCCGAGAGCGCUGGGAUGCCUCGAGCCUACGGUUGUGAAGCAGACCACGAUGUCGACGCACAGCUGGCCAGCGCUGACGAGGCAGAAGACCCUGAGACUGGGGAUAUCGUGGACAGCAGCGCGGCAAGUCCUGCGAUGCUGUUUGGCAGUAUGACCGCGGGCCAGCUCGACGCCUUGCGCAAGCUUGGCACGAGGCUCCUACAAGAAGCUGAGGAGUGCAUGCCAUGGAGCAGUGCUUCGCAUUGCGGCUUCCGUCCCAUGAGGGCGGCCGGCUUUCCGCGCACGAUUGCAAUCUGGCACAGCUACAUCGAUAACGCGACCCUCUCGUGGAGGCGGAACGCGUUGCACGAGAGCAGUUUCAUGAUGCCUCGCCAGGGACUUGUCGAAAAGGUGCUGCGGGACCGAGUGGAGGAGAUGGUAGCACCUUUCUGGAAUGUCGCAGCCUUUCGGCGACGGUUUACUUGCAUUCCGAUCGUCCCUGCUUCGGGCGGCUGUGCACGGUCCUCCUACAGUGGAGCCGCCGAUUACAUGGUGAGCUGCGUAGAGAGCUACAAUAUGCGUCCGUUUGGCUCUACGAGUGUGCACGAAAUCUAUCGCGGCUCUUCGUUGCAAUACGGUGCUGACUACACAACGGUUCGGAGCGUCAUGGGCAAGCUUGGCGCCUUCACCAUGAACAAGACAGGACGCGCAAGCGCCAAGGCCGCGCCCAAGCCGCUCAUCGUUCCCAAUGCUGGCGCGCUGCAACCCAAAGCAGCUCCCGCGGGCUCUUCGGAACCGCGAGAACAGUUGGCUAUCAUCCAGUGGACACGGGUUGCGCACAAGGCUGGCGAGUCCUUCGGGGACGAGCCCCUCUACAGAAGCACGAUGGCAAGCCCACCGUCUCCAGGGAGCAUUGCAGAGCUUCGUGACCAUGCGGGCAUCGCGGCGGUGGCACGGUGCAAUGGCGUGCUGCGUGGUACGUGGAAGGAACGCCUCACUUUGAACAUCGAGCUUGAUGUCGACCCCGAUCUGGUGUGCCGGAACGAGCUUGCGGAGUUGCCUGCCCGACCCGUGCUGGUACAUUCUGACGUUCCAGAUCGAGUGCAACGAAAGCGAUGGAGUGACGGGCGUACUCGCAGGGGCUACAUGGCCGUUCCGCACAAGGAGCUCGAAGAGAAUGGCGUCUACGGCGCGCGCGUCGAGCAGGAUGCCUCCUAUGUUCGCGUCCUGCCAUCUAUCGACAUUGCUACACAGAGCGGUCGCGGCUGGAUCCUGCAGAAGUUCCUCCACGAAAUUCUUUGCGACACAGUACUCCACUUGGUGGUGGCUACGCCGCCCCUACCAGAAACGGCAGGGGCUGAGUUCUUGCAGAGCUGCACCGGCUCGACUGAAACAGCUGAGUUCGACGCGCUCUUGGCACAGAUCGCGACAUACCCCGCUCCGGCGCGCCAGCAAGUCCAGGAGUGCUUUAACCGCAUCGUCUCCCAGGAGUGCGUGUUGCGCCUCGCGGAGGUGCGCAACUUCUUGCGCGCACAUGCGAUUUUCGUGUCCAGUGAUCACGUCCAGAAUGCUCCUGCUAUCUAUGCCGCCAUGCCCGACCUGCCAGCUCCGAGCGAGGUCGCCUCCCAGCUCAUGCAUGUGCUCUUACGUGAUGUCCACCUGGCGACGCAACAUACAGCCAUCGACAUUGAGGAGGAUCCCCCUUGCUUCGACGACCUACGGAGUGUCCUCUUCGCUUGCUUGAACUUCCUGCCACAUGCCGCAGAUGAGGCCGAGACGCAAGCUGCCACUUCCCCCGACUUCCAAGACUGUGGCGCGGACGUGCCGGUUGCCGAUGCUCAGGACAUAUCGAAUGGCAGCAGCGCCAGUCACAGACGUCGCCGCAUGCGUGCGGCAUUCUGUGAGUGA